UAGAGAUUGAAAUUCUCUACUCAUACUGAGUUCCCUUAGAAAUAUUUUUUGCUCAGUCACACGUCCUAGCGAAUUAAUAGUUCUGUAGUACACAUAGUUUUGUAGUCAGUUUUCCUAGUACGGUUGUGGAAAUGAUAGAAUAGUGUUAUAAUUUUUCUUUCAAUGAAUAAUCUGCUUUGCUAUACAGUAAUAAGUAGUGAAUACUCUACUCUGCUCACUCUUACGUCUAAUAAAUUCUUGAUUCAUAAUGAGUUUGAUUUGCUCAGUUCUGAUUCUAUUUUCCUGUACAGUAGGCAAUAGACACAUUUUCCAUCGUAGAUAGCUCUGUAGUUGGUUUUCAUAAACACUAGACAAGGGUUUUCUCAGUAGUUUAAGAGUGCGAUUAUGUGCCAUCAGUACUCAGAAUUGUGAUUUUAUGAUAAUUAGCAUACAGUUGAAUAAGUGUUGAAGAAUAUUUCAUAAUAAUUGAUAAAGGGUAGGCCUCAAAUAUUUUUUUGAUUGAAAUUUAGUAAAACUUGUAAAUAGUUGGGAGAAAGAAAAAUACAUUUCAGUGAAAAUGCUGGUAGUGUUAUUGUGUAACAUACGGUUAUGGGUUUACUGGCGACAGAAAGGCGCUGUUUUCAUCCAGUGAUAUGGAGAAACAUCCACUGAAGGGCAAUGCUUCCAUUCCUAUGAGCUCUCCUGCUUCUUAUCAAGCUUUUGGGGAUAAGCAGCAAUCGAACGGACAAGGGCAGGGGCACUCGAAAGGAGGUGGGCGGGGGGUGUCAGUGAGCUCUGACGACGACAUGCUUGACGUGACGGCAUCAGGCAUGUCCGACCACAUCAUCCACGAUGAACUCGCCGCCUCGCAUUAUUCGGAUGACAUACCUGGAAUUGGUCAAUAUGACGAUUUCCAUACAAUCGAUUGGCAAAGGGAUAUUGCCAGAGAUCGAAUGCGACACAGGUACAUAGUGAAGCGGCGGCAGAACUCAGUGCUGGACCUGGUGAAAGGGGCGCACGACGCGUGGUCGGGCUGGCUGUGUGUGCUGCUGGUGGGCAUCCUGACCGGCGCAGUGGCCGGCGUCAUCGACAUUGGCGCCACCUGGAUGUCCGACCUCAAGUACGGCCUCUGUCCGCAGGCGUUCUGGCUCAACCGCGAACAGUGCUGCUGGUCAUCGAACGAGACGUCGUUCGACGACAAGGGCAACUGCUCGCAAUGGCUGAUGUGGUCGGAGGUGCUGAUCGAGGCGAAGGAGGGCGCAGGCGCCUACAUCAUCUCCUAUGUCUUCUUCAUAUCGUGGGCGCUGCUCUUCGCCCUGCUCGCUGCUGCACUCGUCCGCAUGUUUGCGCCCUACGCAUGCGGAUCUGGUAUCCCGGAGAUAAAAACAAUUUUGAGUGGUUUCAUUAUAAGAGGUUACCUAGGAAAAUGGACGCUGAUCAUCAAAUCGGUUGGUAUCAUGCUAUCUGUUUCUACUGGCCUUUCGUUGGGAAAAGAAGGACCGAUGGUACAUAUCGCUUGUUGUAUAGGUAACAUACUGUCGUAUCUCUUUCCAAAGUACGGCAGAAAUGAGGCGAAAAAGAGAGAGAUAUUGUCGGCGGCGGCCGCCGCAGGCGUCUCUGUUGCUUUCGGCGCGCCGAUUGGUGGCGUUCUUUUCAGCUUAGAAGAGGUGAGCUACUACUUUCCGCUGAAGACGCUGUGGCGGUCGUUCUUCUGCGCUCUGGUUGCUGCAUUCGUGCUGCACUCUAUCAACCCAUUCGGCAACGAGCACUCUGUCCUUUUCUACGUCGAAUACAACAAACCGUUUCUAUUUUUCGAGCUAAUACCGUUCAUUGCGCUUGGAAUUAUUGGGGGUGUGAUAGCGACACUGUUCAUCAAGGCGAACAUCCGUUGGUGCAAGUUCAGGAAGGUGUCGCGCCUGGGCCAGUACCCGGUGACUGAGGUGCUUGUGGUGACCGCCAUCACAGCUGUGCUCGCCUACCCCAACCCUUACACGCGCAUGUCCACUAGUCAACUCAUCUAUCUGCUCUUCAGCCAGUGCGAGCCCAAGUCAUAUGGACUCUGCGACUACAACGUGGAAAGCAUCCCUGGCAAGUCGGGCGCCCACUUCACACCAGGCCCGGAGAUGUUCUCGGCUGUGUGGAUGUUGGUGCUGGCCCUCGUAUUCAAGUUCGUCACUACCAUAUUCACGUUCGGCAUGAAGGUGCCAUGCGGGCUGUUCAUCCCUUCGCUGUGCUUGGGCAGCAUAGUGGGCCGGAUCGUGGGCAUGGGUGUGCAGGCUCUGGCCUACCACUACCCCAACGUGUGGAUCUUCUCAGGCGAGUGCUCUUCGGCCAACAGCCAGUGCAUCACACCCGGCCUCUACGCCAUGGUCGGCGCCGCUGCUGUCCUCGGUGGAGUCACUAGGAUGACAGUGUCGCUGGUGGUGAUAAUGUUCGAGCUGACAGGCGGGGUGCGCUACAUAGUGCCGCUGAUGGCUGCGGCGAUGGCGAGCAAGUGGGUGGGUGACGCCCUGGGCAGGGAGGGCAUCUACGACGCACACAUCCACCUCAACGGGUACCCGUUCCUCGACAGCAAGGAGGAGUUCGAGCACACCGCACUCGCCGCUGAUGUCAUGCAGCCAAAACGAAGCGAGCCGUUGAGCGUGUUGACUCAGGACUCGAUGACAGUGGACGACGUGCAGGCGCUGCUUAAGGACACAGAGCACAACGGCUUCCCCGUCGUCGUGUCCCGCGAGUCCCAGUACCUCGUCGGAUUCGUGCUCCGCAGAGAUCUCAAUCUGGCACUUGAAAACUCGCGGCGCACGCUGGAAGGCAUUCGAGGCAACUCGCUGGUGCUGUUCGUAACGACGCCCGGUCUGGCGCCUGCGCCCGGCAUGCCGCCGCAGCUCAAGCUCAAGAAGAUCCUCGACAUGGCGCCAAUCACCAUCACCGACCAGACGCCCAUGGAGACCGUCGUCGACAUGUUCCGCAAGCUCGGUCUAAGGCAGACGCUCGUCACACACAACGGGCGAUUAUUGGGCGUAAUAACGAAGAAAGAUGUGCUCAGAUACAUCAAGCAGAUAGACAAUGAAGAUCCAAGUUCUGUACUCUUCAAUUAAAUGAUUAGCCUAUUUCUACAUCUAGGAAUAGUUCAAUAUGGCGGUAAUAUCACAAUGAAUAUUAAUUGUGUGAUGAUGGUAAUAGAUGAUUCAAUUAGUCUGUGAAAGAAUGUAUGUUAUGGUACUGUUAAAUUGUAUAGAUACACGACAAAGUAUUUUUAAUUAUAUUUGUAUAUUGAAUAUAAUGAUGUCGUUAUAAACUCUAUGAGUGUUAGUUUAAUCGUGCGUAAAAGUUCCCUUGUUUACUGAGUAUUUAGAAAAAUGUUGAUAUAACAACAUUGUCUAUGAGAAUAUGAUAUUUUGUAAAUACUGAAAAGUGAGCAAGCUCUAAUUCUCUUAUUGUUAUUAUGAAAGUGAGUUCCUUUGUUCCCGAUUGAAAUUAUAAUUAACAUCACUUGGAAUCCAUGUCGAACCAUGUAGAAUCAAUACGUUUUAUCAAGUGUAACAUCACAAUGUAAAGACGUUUAUGUUAUGCUUCAUAAUAGGUUAUUUCAGAACUUUUAUUUUUUAUAUUAUAAUUUUAUUCUAUCUGUUAUUCAUCACAGGAAACUAUAUUUUAUUUUUAUUUUACUGUGCUGGUCAUUUAUUGUAUUUAUUAUAAUAGUUAUUUAAUAUUUUAACGUAAUAGAUAAUUAUAUUAAGUCAACCGAACUGCUCCAAUUUGUUAUAUUUUGUAAGAAGAUUAUGCGUCAUCUGGAUUUGUUGCAUCUCAAUAUUGAUCUUGAUGUAGUUGAUUAAAAGUAUUAAUUUUGUAUGCAUUCA